CCGUUCAAGUGCAGUGUGUGUGGGAAGGCGUUUGCACAUUCAUCUGAUCUUGUAAAACACCAGAGAACACACACGGGAGAGAAACCCUUCAAGUGCACAGUGUGUGACAAGGCAUUUGCACAGUCAUCAGAUCUUAAAAAACACCAGAGAACACACACAACAGAGAAACCCUUCAAGUGCAGUGUGUGUGGGAAGGCGUUUUCACGGUCAUCUUAUCUUAAAAUACACCAGAGAACACACACGGGAGAGAAACCCUUCAAGUGCACUGUGUGUGGGAAGGCAUUUUCACAGUCAUCUUCUCUUAUAAAACACCAGAGAACACACACAGGAGAGAAACCCUUCAAGUGCACUGUGUGUGGGAAGGCAUUUACACAGUCAUCAAAUCUUCAAGCACACCAGAGAAUACACAUGGGAGAGAAACUCUUCAAGUGCACUCCGUUACACCAGAGAACACACAAGCGUCAGAAGAUCCACAAGGACUGGAGUCUGAAGACAGCUUGUGAAAGUCAAAGUUCUGCAAUGAGCCCAUUCCUCGUGAAACAAGAACCGGAAGAAAAUCCCAGCUUGGACACUUUUAAAGGUAUCGAGGUGAAAUGUGAAGAGGUGAAGGUGGAAUGUGAAGAAGUGAUGGUGAAAUGUGAAGAAGUGAAGCAACUCGGAGUUUUGUAUCGUAUCUCGUCUCAAACACUCGAGGAGCACCCCAAGUGGCAGCUGCCCUUGUGUGGCACAAGGUGGUGGCCCUGCACCGGCCUGCGUGUGGACAAGAGCCUGUCAGUCAAAGGGUACUUUUGUGUUUCAAGGAAGUAUCUGCCUCGAGUAGGGAGCAUGCAAUAG